UGGCCAAUGAACAGCGCCGUUACAAGGCGGUUAGGUCGUGAAGCCAAGCUAUUAAAUACCACGUGGACUACACAAGGCGUCAUGUCUUCACCCACGAAGAGUGACGAAAAACUAAAGAAAGCCAAAAUGAAUAUUGCUGAAAUCCAGCAAUCUUCUUCUUUUGAAUUAAAACCAUCAGAAUCUGUUGAGAAAUUAGACUCCUCAGAUUGGCCCUUAUUAUUGAAGAAUUUUGACCGGUUAAAUUCUCGUACAAAUCACUUCACUCCAAUUCCAAGUGGUUGCUCACCUCUCCAACGGCCUAUAGCUGAAUAUGUUAAUGCUGGUUUUAUGACUUUGGACAAACCAGCCAAUCCAUCGUCCCAUGAAGUAGUGGCUUGGUUAAAACGGAUUUUACGUGUCGAGAAAACAGGUCAUGGUGGUACUCUUGAUCCAAAAGUCACAGGUUGUCUUAUUGUAUGCAUCGGACGAGCAACUCGUAUUGUGAAAUCUCAACAGAGUGCGGGUAAAGAAUAUGUUUGCAUUUUCAAGCUUCACAGUAUCGUGAGAGAAGAGCCAAAAAUUAUUCAGUGCCUGGAACGACUAAAGGGAGCCUUGUUUCAACGCCCUCCCCUUAUUUCUGCAGUUAAGCGACAACUUCGGAUUCGGACAGUGUAUGAGUGUAAAUUACUUGAAUAUGAUGCUGACAAUGCCCUUGGGAUAUUUUGGGCGAGCUGUGAAGCCGGAACCUACAUCCGUACCAUGUGUGUUCACUUGGGACUUAUGGUUGGUGUUGGUGGUCAAAUGCAAGAAUUACGAAGAGUGCGGUCUGGGAUCCAAUCAGAAAAGGAUGGUUUGGUCACAAUGCACGAUGCCAUGGAUGCCCAAUGGGUUUAUGAUAACCACAAAGAUGAGUCUUAUUUGCGGAGGGUCAUAAAACCACUUGAAGCUUUGCUUGUUUUACACAAGAGAGUCAUCAUGAAAGAUUCUGCCAUAAAUGCUGUGUGCUAUGGUGCCAAAAUCAUGUUACCAGGAGUCCUCCGCUAUGAUGAUGGCAUUGAAAUCAACCAGGAAAUUGUGAUAGUCACUACCAAAGGAGAAGCUGUUUGCAUCGCCAUUGCCCUGAUGACGACGACUGUUAUCGCAAGUUGUGAUCAUGGAAUUGUUGCUAAAAUAAAGAGGGUAAUAAUGGAGCGAGAUACUUACCCAAGAAAGUGGGGUCUUGGACCAAAAGCAGCUAUAAGGAAACACAUGAUUUCCAGUGGUUUACUUGAUAAAUAUGGUAGACGUAAUGCUAAUACACCAGCAGACUGGGACGAAAACAAAGAAUCGAUAAAGAAGUUAAUUAAAAUUGAAAAGUCAUCAGAUGAUGAGAAAAUAAAGAAAUGGAAACGCAAACCGAGCGUCAGUUCCAAUGAAGGCGGAGCAGCAGAGAGUUCUGUGAAGAAAGAAAAGAAGAAGAAAAAGAAGAAAAGCGAUGACGAAAAGGAAGUAAAACAGGUCAAACGUAAAGCUGAGAGCAGUUCCGAGGAUAACGCAUCGCCUCAAGAGGCAAUAAAGAGUUCUGUGAAGAAAGAAAAGAAGAAGAAAAAGAAGAAAACCGAUGAUGAAGGGGAUGAAGAGGGUGAAAAAAAGAAGAAGAAGAAAAAGAAGAAAAAGGAAAGCAAAGACGAUGACUAAAUAAUAGAUAUGUAUGUAUAUACGAGAAGUACACAUAGCAAAUUAGGAGACGCACACCGAGGUAAGGUGAAAAAGGCUAAUUUGGUUUAGCAGGGAAGUCCAUUCCUCCAAAGAUGAUUUAGCCUGUCUCAUUCCUUAGUGCCCCACUUCUAAUUUUCUAAAGGCACUCGAAGGCUUUUGUAAUAUUGUUGGAUUACAAAUAGCAUAGACUUCUGUGUACUUCUCAUACUGACUUACUUAAAAGCACUA